CGAGUGAGGGGAAACCCGAGGGGUUCCCUGGAGAAGGUGGUGCGUCCUGGGGCGGCAGCUGAGGAAGAAAGACGCAGUGCCCCGAAGCCCCUGAGCUGAAAAGGGCCAGAAAGGGGGCGGCAUGGCAUGGCCCAAACUGCCCGCACCUUGGCUGCUGCUCUGCACUUGGCUCCCAGCAGGGUGUCUGUCCUUGCUUGUGACGGUCCAGCACACAGAACGCUAUGUCACCCUGUUUGCCUCUAUCAUCCUCAAAUGUGACUAUACCACCUCUGCCCAGCUCCAGGACGUGGUGGUGACGUGGCGCUUCAAGUCCUUCUGCAAGGACCCUAUCUUUGACUACUACUCAGCGUCAUACCAGGCAGCUUUAUCCCUGGGCCAGGACCCAUCCAACGACUGCAACGACAACCAGCGGGAAGUUCGCAUCGUGGCCCAGCGGCGGGGGCAGAAUGAGCCCGUGCUGGGGGUAGAUUACCGGCAGCGCAAGAUCACCAUCCAGAACCGAGCAGAUCUUGUGAUUAAUGAAGUGAUGUGGUGGGACCAUGGAGUGUAUUACUGCACCAUUGAGGCUCCAGGGGACACAUCAGGAGACCCCGAUAAGGAAGUAAAGCUCAUCGUCCUGCACUGGCUGACCGUGAUCUUCAUCAUCUUGGGAGCCCUCCUCCUCCUGCUGCUGAUUGGAGUGUGCUGGUGCCAGUGCUGUCCUCAGUAUUGCUGCUGCUACAUCCGCUGUCCCUGCUGUCCCGCCCGCUGCUGCUGUCCUGAGGAAGCCCUGGCCCGCCACCGCUACAUGAAGCAGGCCCAGGCCCUAGGUCCUCAGAUGAUGGAAAAACCCCUGUACUGGGGGGCGGACAGGAGCUCCCAGGUUUCAUCUUAUCCAAUGCACCCGCUGCUGCAGCGAGAUUUGUCCCUGAGGUCCAGCCUCCCUCAGCUGCCAAUGACCCAGACCACCAAUCACCCUCCCAUCACCAAUAGUGUCCUGGAGUAUUUGGAGAAAGAACUGCGGAACCUCAACCUGGCACAGCCUCUGCCCCCUGACCUCAAAGCCAGAUUUGGCCAUCCCUGCAGCAUGCUGUCCUCCCUGGGCUCCGAGGUUGUGGAACGCAGAAUCAUCCACCUGCCCCCACUGAUCAGAGACCUGUCAUCCUCAAGGAGGACCAGUGACUCCCUGCACCAGCAGUGGCUCACCCCAAAUCACUCCAGGCCCUGGGAUCUGAGAGAUGGGAGAAGGCAGCACCAUUACCCUGAUUUCCACCAGGAGCUCCAGGACCGGGGGCCAAAGUCUUGGGCAUUGGAAAGAAGGGAACUGGACCCAUCGUGGAGUGGAAGGCACCGUAGCUCUAGGCUGAAUGGGUCACCCACACACUGGUCAGACAGGGAUAGCCUAAGCGAUGUCCCCUCGUCCAGCGAGGCACGCUGGCGGCCGAGCCACCCUUCUUUCAGGAGCCACUGUCAGGAGAGGCCCCACAGGCUCAGCCCCCGGGAGAGCACUCAGAGGCACCAGAGACGACGCAGGCACCGCAGCUACUCUCCUCCCCUGCCCUCCGGCCUCAGUUCCUGGAGCUCUGAAGAGGACAAGGAGAGGCAGCCCCAGAGCUGGGGGGCCCAUCGCCGCCGCUCGCACUCCCCACACUGGCCCGAGGAGAAGCCGCCUAGCUACCGUUCACUGGAUGUCACUCCAGGCAAGAAUAGCAGGAAAAAAGGAAGUGUGGAGAAGCGUUCGGAGAAAGACAGCUCUCAUAGCGGAAGGAGUGUGGUCAUUUAGUCACCAGGCACACAGCACAACUUCUGUGGCUACUUCUCGGCUCCUAUGUGUCAUCAGCAUCACCUAGAUUUCCAGCUGACUUUGGACCUGCAAGUCUGAAUCUAACAGUUUUGGCUUAGAUUCUGAGAAUCAAAUAGAAGAAUUUUAAAUACAAGAUUUUGAGAUUGGGUGUAGUGGCUCACACCUGUAAUCCCAGCACUUUGGGAGGCUAAGGUGAGAGAAUCACUUGAGACUAGGAGUUCAAGAUCAGCCUGGGAAACAUAGUGAGAACCCAUCUCUACAAAAAAUUAAAAAAAAAAAAAAUUAGUUGGGUGUGGUGGCAUGCACUUGUAGUCCCAGCUGCUCAAGAGGCUGAGGCAAGAGGAUCCCUUGAGCCAGGAGUGCAAGGCUACAAUGAGCCAGGAUCCCAUGAUCACACAUCUGUUCUCCAGCCUGGGCAAUAGAGCAAGUCCCCAUCACUAAAUAAAACCAAAAAGCCAAAAAGCAAAAAAGUUAGAGUGUGAGGAAUUACCAACUGUAGUUUUAGCCUUGGUUCAUGCUCUCUUGCAUAUUUAUAUAGUCUCUGACUUGUAAUGGACCCUGACUGGAAUGUGAUUCCUCAGGAACUUAGUAGCCUGAGUCUUUCAGUAGAUUACACUGCCCAGAACCAUGGCCAUUCUCAGAGUGAGAACUUGGGAAUUUUUAAGAAGAAAUCAAACACGUUUCAGGAAGAGGAAAUCUAUGGAGUAUUACAGGGACAUUCCCAUGGGAGUGUGUCUUCCUCCAUGGCAGGUCUUGAGGGUCCUUUCUUGUUAGGAGUUAUCCUGCCAUCCUCAUGCCCAGUCCUGAGGUUCCAGUCAGAGAUGGCACAGGAAAUACCCCAGCCAUGUGCCACUCAUGGACUAUUUAUUAUAAGUGUAGAAAAAUCACAGAGAAGCAGUUUUGCACCAGCCUUGUUCCUGUGCCUUGUUUUCCUCUUGGUCUUUUUUACCUGUAUAUCUAAUUUAUAUGUUCGUAUAUAUUGUGUAUUGAUUGAAGUCACUUUCAAUCCUUCUUGGGAAUGACACAGUAUAUAAAUAAGAAAGAAAGAAACAAACCAUACCAAGCUGAACGUGCUGCCCCAAAUAAAUAUCUGCUUUCCUACUCUGGUGCAUUUGAUUGGAUUAAGCCACCUUCACCACUAAAGUUCAGAGAAGACCCCGACCAACCUAGGGAGUUCUGGAGCUACCAUUCUCCUGGCACUACUCAGCCUUUCAGAGUUGAGAUUUCCCAAGCAGAAGCAUCCAGGCAGGUCUUGCCACUCAGAGGGCCCCAGGAAGAAAGGAUUGUCUUUUCACUAUAAUAGGCUCUACCACCCACUCCCAUUUUUCUCAGCUCCUUUGGAGGCUUCAUGAAUCCAUGUGUGCUUGAUGUAGAGAUCCACACUGAGCAGACUGGAAAAAGAUGGCCUGAGUGGAGGAGAGUGUAUGUGUAUGUUCCUCAAUAGUAUCCUUAUGUGCUCACUUUAGAUCUUAUUUAUUGACACAUCCAUUUUCCCCUAGUCUCAUUAAUUUAAUUACAUGUGGAGAAAAUAGAUUAAAUUUCUGCAUUAGGUAGACUUCUCUGGAAUUUUUUAUUAUUCAUAUGUAAUUGGAUGUAAAUUAGCAAAAAAUAUAUAUAUUUACAGAUAAUGUAGACAUAACAUUCAGUAGGUGAGAGAUUUCUGGUCUGGACAAGAUGGCAUUGUCCCAUUUCCGCUGCUAUGCCCUGCUAAGCACAACUUAAUACAUUUUGGAAAUGGUACAGGAGAAAACCAAAGGAGAAUUCUAAAGGGUGUUAAGAAGAAAGCAGGCUGGUUUGAAAACCCAGGACCAGAAGAACAACACAGAGGCAGGGCAUCUUAUAUCCCCCUAACUAUCAGAAGGUGUUUCCUGACUUUCCAUCUAGCAGCAUAAGGUAGCCCAGUAGCUCAUUCUUCCCCCUGAACCUAAUGGAGUCCCUCUGGCAACCUCAGGCAGGGGGACUGAUUGGGAGUCCUAAAAAAAAUAAGUGACCAGGUGAAACCCCUUCUUCCCUGCUGGGUCAGAAACUCCUGUUUCCCAAGGAAAGAUACUGAAGUGGACAGGAGGAGCCAGUAUGAGAAACCUAGGAAAAACAGGUGGUCCAGUUGGGGAAGCCUUUUUGCACAGGCCUAACACUCUCCUCUCCUGCCCAGAGAUACUAGGAUCAGCUGGUAGAACCAGGAAAAGGGGUCUGUCAUAGCCAACAUCCCUGAAGCCAGCAACCUGAUCACAGAAGCCACUUUGUAGAAGCAAGACUCUCCUCCCAGGAGAGAGAUCUGGGCAGCUAGAGGCACCUGCAGGAUUUGUCAUAGCCCGACCUCACCAAGAGAUACCUGGCAACCCAGUCAGGGAAAUUCCUUCUGCCCUUUCAGGCAACACUAACAGAGACCAGUGGGAGCCCUAGAUAAACCAAGCAACUAAAAUAACACUACAAGGGCUCUGAAAAUUAAGCUGCCAUUAGAAUUACAGCCCACAAAAGUGGGCUAAAACUGUAUGCUAAACCUAAACAGAGUGACUCCUUGUAAAAUAAAAUAUUUAAAUAGAAAUGAGUCUCCUAACAUAAUAGGCAAAGUAUUCAGAGUGCAAAUCAAGAACCAAUAAAAUCACAACUUGAAUGAAAAAGGCAAUCAAUGGAUUCCAGCAGAGAUGAACCAGAUAUUGGAAUUAUCUGAUAAGAAUUUUAAACCAGACAUCAUAAAAAUGCUACAACAAUCAAUUACAAAUUCUCUCGAAACAUGAAAAAAAAAAAAACAGAAAAACCUCAGAAAAAUAGAAGUUUUAUCAAAA